UGACCAAUGAGAUCAUUGUCACCAUGCAUACCUUCCAGGAUGGCUUGGAAACCAAGUACAUGGAGAUCCUCAGACUCCAGGCGUCAGAGGAGGAGUCCUGGGCAGCGCCGCCUCCUGUCUCUCAGCCACCCUGCAAUAGGCUGCCCCCGGAGCUCUUUGAGCAGCUGCAGAUGUUACUGGAGCCCAACAGCGUCACUGGGAAUGACUGGCGCAGACUGGCCUCCCCUGGGCUCUGUGGCAUGAAAAUCCGGUUCCUGUCCUGCCAGCGCAGCCCCGCUGCGGCCAUCCUAGAGCUGUUUGAGGAGCAGAAUGGCAGCCUGCAGGAGCUCCACUACCUCAUGACCUCCAUGGAGCGGUUGGACUGCGCCUCGGCCAUCCAGAACUACCUGAACAGAACCCCCUGGGGCAGCCCUGCCACGAUGCACGGAGGCACCUGGGAGAACGGUGGCUUAGAGCUGGAUGAGAAACUCUAAGCACGCCCUGCGGGGCCUCGCGGGGUCCUGCAGUAGACCUGGCCAUGCGUAUAAGCUCAGGGUCAAUGCCGCAGACGCGCGUGGACCGAACAGGACCCCCAGUGAGGCCAGAGAGCCCUGUAUCAGGACUGCUCUCCAUCCGGCUGGCCAACUUUGUCCUGAGUGCAGGUUCCCUCCUGGCCGGCAGGGGGCGCGAGAGUCUGGGAGAUGACCACAGCCCAGCCCGCUUCCAAAAUGCGGUUUAAUUUUCUCGUGGACGGCCAGGUGGCCCUGCGGGCACACCGAGGUGGAGACGGCUCAGUCCACAAGUAUUCAAGGAGCACCGAGUCUCAAGUCUCAGCACCAAGCUGGAGUCGUGGGGAGUGUCGGCUUCUUUGAACUUGCCCUGGGGAGUCUGUUCUGCCGAAUGGAGAUGCGCUCACCACCAGCUGAGAGCAACAUUCUAGA